AUGCAGUGCUACACAGAGCUAUUACCCCCCACAGGGGUCACCCAUGCUUUGGCAGUUCCUUUCACCUCAGCCACCGCCAGCAAUUUGAUUGUUAUCAGAACCUCUCUAUUGCAAGUUUUCUCUCUCGUUAAGGUGGUCUCCUCUCAACCACAGAAGAAAAGUUCGGAGCCCCAUUCUUUGCAAUUUUCUCAACCAGAAACGAAAUUAGUACUGGAAAAAGAAUACCCGCUAUCCGGAACCGUGACUGACUUAAGCCGAGUCAAAAUCUUGAACACCAAGAGUGGUGGAGAAGCCAUCUUGGUUGCAGUCCGCAAUGCCAAGCUCAGCUUAAUUGAAUGGGACCCUGAACGUCAUGGAAUCUCAACAAUUUCCAUCCAUUACUACGAGCGGGAUGACCUGACCCGCAGCCCCUGGGUGCCUGACCUGAGCCGGUGUGGGAGCAUUCUGAGUGUUGACCCAAGCAGCAGAUGUGCGGUGUACAACUUUGGAAUUCGCAACCUUGCGAUUUUGCCCUUCCAUCAGGCAGGUGAUGACUUGGUGAUGGAUGACUACGAUUCGGAGCUUGACGGAGAACGCCCAAAUCAGAACUCUGGAGGAGCACAUAUUGAGAAUAGCAAAGAAGGACCAAUACACCAAACACCCUACUCCUCGUCUUUCGUCCUGCCAUUGACUGCCUUGGAUCCUUCAUUGUUACACCCUAUAAGUCUUGCGUUCUUAUACGAAUACAGGGAACCAACGUUUGGAAUUUUAUAUUCUCAAGUCGCAACAUCUACUGCCCUUCUCCAUGAAAGAAAGGACGUGGUAUUCUACGCCGUGUUUACGCUUGACCUUGAGCAGCGAGCUUCUACCACCCUUCUUUCGGUACCUCGUCUUCCCAGUGAUCUAUUCAAAGUCGUGGCACUCCCACUUCCAGUAGGAGGUGCCUUGCUUCUUGGCUCAAAUGAAAUCGUUCAUGUGGACCAAGCCGGUAAAACCAAUGCGGUGGGAGUUAAUGAGUUUUCAAGGCAGGUUUCUUCAUUUUCAAUGACCGACCAAUCGGACUUGGCGUUCCGUCUCGAAGGUUGCAUAGUUGAGCGACUUGGUGGUGAUAGCGGUGACCUACUCCUAGCACUUGCAUCCGGCGACAUGGCAUUGAUCAAAUUCAAACUUGAUGGUCGGUCUGUCUCCGGUAUCACUGUUCACUCCCUUCCGGCGCAUGCAGGUGGAGAUAUUUUGAAGUCGGCCGCCUCCUGUUCCACUUGUCUCGGGGAUGGAAACGUUUUCAUCGGCAGCGAAGAUGCCGACUCGGUUCUCCUAGAAUGGUCGCAUUCAUCCGCCUCGAUUAAAAAAGCCCGGCUUGAGUCGAAACAAACAGCGGAUGGUCUGGAUGGUCUGUCGGAUGAUGAUGACCAGAUGGAGGAUGAUGACCUUUAUUCCUCGGCGCCUGGGCCGACACAAGUCGAUAAUCGCAUGGGAACCGACAGCUCAACACCCGAAUUUUAUAACUUUCGACUGAACGAUCAACUUCCUAGCAUUGGUCCAUUGAGGGACAUCACUUUGGGCAAAGCUUUCUCGAAUACGAACCACCAAAGCCAAGCUACAAGUGAAGGUGUUGCCGCAGAACUGGAGUUGGUGGCAUCUCAAGGCUCAGACAGAGGCGGUGGCUUGGUAGUCAUCAAGCGCGAAAUUGAUCCUUUGACUACCAUGUCUCUCAAAGUCGAUGACGCGGAUGGUGUAUGGUCAGCCAGCGUCCAAAAAAGGAGAGGGCCUUCCAGCACAGACAACCCCUCUCGUCAAUAUGUGGUUAUCUCUCGGUCUACGGAUUCGGAGCAGGAGGUGAACGAGGUCUUCGUCGUGAAAGAACAAAGCUUGAACCCUUUCAAAGCACCAGAGUUCAACCCAAAUGAAGAUUGCACGGUUGAUAUCGGAUCUUUCGCAGGCGAUACUCGUCUAGUUCAGGUUCUGCGGAAUGAAGUCAGAAGCUACGACAUAGACCUGGGAUUGUCACAAAUUUACCCCGUUUGGGACGAAGACACCAGUGAUGAGCGUGUGGCUGUGAGCGCCAGCUUUAUUGAUCCUUAUCUUGUGAUUAUUCGGGAUGAUUCAUCAGUAUUGCUUCUGCAGGCGGAUGAAAGUGGUGACCUCGAUGAAGUUCCGCUUUCAAAUGAGAUUAGCUCGUCACAAUGGCGCUCCGGAUGCCUUUAUCACGAUAAUUCACAGUCAUUCGGCGUUGCAGGCUCAUCGUCGAAGGACUUUUCAGAAGGCGAGGUGCUUCUAUUCCUAUUGAAUUUGGAGUAUAAGCUAUCGAUCUUCGGACUUUCUGACAUGAAGUUGAUCGCGAUCAUUGAAGGCGUCGACUGCUUACCACCCGUAUUGUCGACCGAGCCGCCCAAACGAUCCAACAAUCGGGAGACACUGACAGAAUUUGUUGUUGCCAAUCUUGGUGAUAGUUCUAGCCUUUCGCCUUAUCUCAUUGUUCGAACCGAAAAUGACGACCUAGUGUUCUAUAAACCAAGCCUAGUCCUGACAAAUGCUGGUCAUGGAUCGUCUCGUCGCUUGCAAUUAUUCCGAGAGUCAAAUCAUGUUCUACCGAGGAGCCCUUCAGGGGAGGUAUCCUCUCAAAUACAGAAACACCAGCGAUUGAGACCCCUGAGGGUUCUUUCUAAUGUCUCAGGGUUUAGCGUCAUAUUUAUGCCGGGAGCCUCAUCAAGCUUUGUAUUUAAGACUGCAAAGAGCUCGCCGCACAUCAUUCGUCUUAGAGGAGGCUUUACGCGUUGGCUAAGUCCCUUUGAUUCGGCCGAUAUUGGCUGUGAAAAUGGAUUCAUUUACGUUGAUUCUCAGAGCUGUAUCCGGGCUUGUCAACUACCUUCUCAAACUCAAUUUGACUACCCGUGGACAUUGCGCAAAGUUCCAAUUGAAGAGCAGGUCGAUUUCUUGGCCUACUCGACGUCUUCUGAGACAUAUGUUCUCGGCACAAGCCGCCAAGGUGACUUCAAGUUGCCGGAGGGUGAUGAUCUGCACCCUGAGUGGCGAAAUGAAGAGAUAUCCUUUUGUCCGAAGAUCCCCGAAAGCAGCAUCAAGGUCGUCAGCCCAAAGACAUGGACUAUUAUUGACAGUUAUCCUCUGGAUCCCGAUGAGCAGGUGACAGCGGUGAAAAAUGUGAACAUUGAGGUUUCGGAGAAUACGCACGAGCGGAGGGAUCUAAUCGUGGUCGGAACCGCCAUUGCUAAGGGAGAAGAUAUGCCAGCUCGCGGGACGAUCUAUGUCUUUGAUGUGAUCAAAGUGGUCCCAGAUCCCGAAAAGCCGGAGACAGGCCGCAAACUCAAACUGAUUGGCAAGGAGUCAGUGAAGGGUGCAGUGACCGCGCUGUCUGGCAUCGGUGGCCAAGGGUUCAUAGUCGUAGCCCAGGGACAGAAGUGUAUGGUCCGAGGUCUCAAGGAAGAUGGGAGCCUUCUUCCCGUUGCAUUUAUGGACAUGCAAUGCUACGUCAAUGUCGCCAAAGAGCUCAGGGGCACCGGCAUGGUUAUCCUAGGAGAUGCCGUGAAGGGACUCUGGUUCGCGGGUUACUCAGAGGAGCCAUAUAGAAUGACACUCUUCGGCAAAGACCCCGAGUACCUGGAGGUGGUGGCAGCCGAUUUCCUCCCCGACGGGAACAAGCUGUACAUGCUAGUUGCGGAUAGCGACUGCAACCUGCACGUCCUGCAAUACGACCCGGAAGACCCCAAAUCCUCCAACGGCGAUCGACUCCUCAGCCGAAGCAAAUUCUACACUGGCAACUUCGCAUCAUCAGUUACUCUUCUGCCUCGCACAGCAGUUUCAUCGGAGCUCGCCGAGUCAUCCGAAGAAGCAAUGGAUGUGGAUGAGGCCUUCGCCAAACACCAGGUUCUCAUCGCUUCGCAAAAUGGGUCUUUGGCGCUUGUGACGUCGGUUGCUGAGGAGUCAUACCGUCGACUAUCAGCACUACAGUCUCAGUUGAUCAACACCGUCGACCAUCCUGCCGGUCUGAACGCGCGAGCUUUCCGGGCUAUAGAAAGCGACGGCGCUGCUGGCCGUGGUAUGGUUGACGGCAAUAUAUUGCGUCUAUGGCUGAACAUGGGCAAGCAGCGGCAGGCUGAGAUUGCGGGCCGGGUUGGCGCGACGGAGUGGGAGAUCAAGGCCGAUCUGGAGACUAUUGGCGGUGAUGGACUCGGAUAUCUAUGA